AACUGCAGAGUCACAGCCUUUCCUCCUAGAGGGCCGGAUCCCUCCGCCGCCCCGCUCCAACACAAAAUAGGGCCGCGUCUUCUCCUUUCUCCCCUUCUGGAGUGGGGUUCCCCGGGCCAAAGGGCCACCCGGAUCUCGCGCCGGAGGCCUCCUGAAUCUCCACGACCGCUGCCGAGAUCGCGGGCCAGGAAAUAGCCCCUUCGCAGGAACCACCCUACCGGCCGAACAGGAGGCGGGGGGUGGGGGGGAGGCGGAGCGGCGCCGCGCUGCACUACUUUCCUCUCCGGUUGCAAAUGGCUGCCUCGUUCCCCACUUUCCGCUCAGUUUCCUGACCCCCCGGCGCCGGGAGCCGGGGUUGGGCCAUGCACCUCUAGGCCCCCCGCGAUCACAGCCAGCCGGGGGUCGAGGGGGUGCCGCCGAUCAGAGCCGGCCAGGCCGGGGGCGGGGCAGCUCCCGAGGCCAGAGGGGAAGGGAGGCGAGCGCAGGGCCUGGGGCGGCCGGAGGGGAGCGGGCAGAGGGCUCGCACCGCCCGCCCCUUCCUCUUCCUCGCCCACCUACCCUCCUCCCUUCCCCGGGGGGGGGGAGCAGAAGGUGGGGGGCUCGAAGCCGCCGAGGGCGAGCGCUCGGGGUCGAGGAGCCCGGCGCUGGGUGUGUGUCAGGUUCAGCCCCGCGGCCCCGCCGGCUCCGUGUCGCCGUAGCUCGCGCGGCCCCGGGGCGCCGGCCCGAGCGGGGAGAGGGGCUCGGCGCUCCUGCGAGGGUCUCACGUUCCAUCUGGGCCCGGCGCGGGGCGGCGCGGCAUUCCUUCCGGGCUGCUGGGGAGGCGCCUCGACGUUCCAUCUGGAGAGCCUCGACGUUCCGCCCGAGCCCGGCGCGGGCGGCCGGGGCGCUGGCCCGGCCCUGGGACUGAGAGGCCGCCCGGCGACGCGGAUGCGGAGCCUGCUCGCCCAAGAUCAAAGCCGCCGGUGCUCUCUUUGUGUCCGCUCGGGAUUCGCCGCCCAGGGGCUGUCCAUGGAAACCUAAACUGCUGGAACCCGAGGCAGAGAACCCUUCUUUGGCUUCUUGCUUUUUUGGGGGGGGGGGUGGGAGGGUGGCCACUCCGACCUGGAUUUACCGUUCUUGGCCCUCCUAAGCCCCCCCGUGCGGGGGGCGGCUGUGAUCGCUCUGGCGGUUGGAGGUCGGGGAGCGGCCCGGGCUCUGGCCAUGUUCUCGGAUGAGGAUUUCUGGACCGCCCUGUGAAGAGGUCUCCCCGAGAGGGCUCUGCCCAGUCGGAGAGAGGGAUGGACAGCCCGAAGCCGCCUGGUGAGGAUAAAGAUUCAGAACCAGCAGCUGAUGGACCUGCAGCCUCCGAGGAAUCAGGUGCCACUGAGCCAGACCUUCCCAAACCACAUGUGGUGGAGGUCUCUGUGCCCAGUUCUGGGGGUCCCAGGCUUCAGGAGCCUCCUCAGGACUGCAGUGGGCGUGCAGCACGGCGUUGCGCUCUCUGUAACUGCGGGGAGCCCAGUCUGCAUGGGCAGCGGGAGCUGCGGCGCUUUGAGUUGCCAUUUGACUGGCCCCGGUGUCCAGUGGUGUCCCCUGGGGGGAACCUGGGGCCCAACGAGGCAGCGCUGCCCAGUGAGGACCUAUCACAGAUUGGUUUCCCUGAGGGCCUGACACCUGCCCACCUAGGAGAACCUGGAGGGUCCUGCUGGGCUCACCAUUGGUGUGCGGCGUGGUCAGCAGGCGUGUGGGGGCAGGAGGGCCCAGAACUAUGUGGUGUGGACAAGGCCAUCUUCUCAGGGAUCUCACAGCGCUGCUCCCACUGCACCAGACUCGGUGCCUCCAUCCCUUGCCGCUCGCCUGGAUGUCCACGUCUUUACCACUUCCCCUGUGCAACUGCCAGCGGUUCCUUCCUAUCCAUGAAAACACUGCAGCUGCUAUGCCCGGAGCACAGUGAGGGGGCCGCACAUCUGGAGGAGGCUCGCUGUGCAGUAUGUGAGGGGCCAGGGGAAUUGUGUGACCUGUUCUUCUGUACCAGCUGUGGGCAUCACUAUCACGGGGCCUGCCUGGACACUGCUCUGACUGCCCGCAAGCGUGCUGGCUGGCAGUGCCCUGAAUGCAAAGUGUGCCAAGCUUGCAGGAAACCUGGGAAUGACUCUAAGAUGUUGGUCUGUGAGACGUGUGACAAAGGAUACCAUACCUUCUGCCUGAAACCACCUAUGGAGGAACUGCCUGCUCACUCUUGGAAGUGCAAGGCAUGCCGGGUAUGCCGGGCCUGUAGGGCAGGCUCAGCAGAGCUGAAUCCCAACUCGGAGUGGUUUGAGAACUACUCGCUCUGUCACCGCUGUCACAAAGCCCAGGGAGGACAGUCUGUCAGUUCCGUGGCUGAGCAGCAACCCCUGGUCUGUAGCAGGUUCUCACCCCCACGGCCUGGCGAUACCCCCACUGAUGAGCCCGAUGCUCUGUACGGUGCACGCCAAAGGCAGCCAAAGGGUGGGCACGUGACCUCUAUGCAACCCAAGGAACCGGCGCCCCUGGAAUGUGAAGCCAAACCACUAGGGAGAGAAGGGGCCCAGCUUGAGCCCCCGUUGGAGGCCUCCCUAAAUGAGGAGAUGCCACUGCUGCCCCCACCUGAGGAGUCGCCCCUGUCCCCACCACCUGAGGAAUCACCCACAUCCCCGCCGCCUGAGGCAUCGCGCCUGUCCCCACCGCCUGAGGACUCACCCCUCUCUCCACCGCCUGAGGAGUCUCCUCUGUCUCCUCCACCUGAGUCAUCACAUUUUUCUCCCCUGGAGGAGUCACCCUUCUCUCCCCCAGAGGAGUCCCCCCCAUGUCCCCCACUUGAGACACCCUUGUCCCCACCACCUGAAGCAUCACCUCUGUCCCCACCAUUUGAGGAGUCUCCCCUCUCCCCGCCACCCGAGGAAUUGCCUACUUCCCCACCACCUGAAGCAUCGAGAGUGUCUCCACCACCUGAGGAGUCACCCAUGUCCCCUCCCCCGGAAGAAUCACCCAUGUCUCCACCACCUGAGGCAUCUUGUCUGUUCCCACCAUUUGAAGAAUCGCCCCUGUCCCCUCCACCAGAGGACUCUCCUCUCUCCCCACCACCUGAGGCAUCACGCCUGUCCCCACCACCUGAGGACUCACCCAUGUCCCCACCUCCUGAAGACUCACCUAUGUCCCCCCCACCUGAGGUAUCAUGCCUGUCUCCCCUGCCUGAGGUGUCACGCCUGUCCCCACCACCUGAGGAAUCUCCCCUGUCCCCGCCACCUGAGGAGUCUCCCACAUCCCCUCCACCUGAGGCUUCACGCCUGUCCUCACCACCUGAGGACUCACCCACAUCCCCGCCAUCUGAGGACUCACCUGCUUCCCCGCCACCGGAGGACUUGCUUAUGUCCGUGCCCCUGGAGGAGUCACCCCUGCCACCACUGCCUGAGGAACGGCGACUCUGCCCCCGGCCCGAGGAGCCGCGCCUGUCCCCUGUGCCCGAGGAGCCUCGCCUGUCCCCUGCGCCCGAGGAGCCGCGCCUGUCCCCUGCGCCUGAGGAGCCGCGCCUGUCCCCUGCGCCUGAGGAGCCGCGCCUGUCCCCUGCGCCUGAGGAGCCGCGCCUGUCCCCUGCGCCUGAGGAGCCGCGCCUGUCCCCUGUGUCCGAGGAGCCGCACCUGUCCCCUGCACCCCAGGAGCCACGCCUGUCCCCUGUGUCCGAGGAGCUGCGCCUGUCCCAUGCGUUCGAGGAGCCUUGCCUGUCCCCUGCACCUGAGGAGCUGCGUCUGUCCCCUGCGCCCCAGGAGCCGCACCUGUCCCCUAUGCCCCAGGAGCCGGUGCCCGAGGAGCCUCGUUUGUCCCCUGCGCCCCAGGAGCCAUGCCUGUCCUCUGCACGCCAGGAGCCGGUGUCCAAGGAGCCUCAUGUGUCCCCUGAGCCCCGGGAGCCGCGCCCGUCCCCUGCACCUGAGGGGCUGCAUCUGUCCUCCCAGCCUGAGGAGCUGCGCCUGACCCCUCGGCCUGAGGAGCUGUGCCUGCCCCCCGUGCCCGAGGAGCCACCGUUGUCCCCAGUGCCUGAGGAACCGCGCCUGUCCCCUGGACCUGAAGGGCCCCCUGAGGAGCCAGGCCUACGCCCUGCACCUGAGGAAUUGCCCUUGUUCCUCCCGCCCGGCGAGCCCCCCUCUUCCCCCUUGCUUGGAGAGCCGGCCCUGUCUGAGCCUGGGGAACCACCUCUAUCCCCUCUGCCUGAGGAGCUGCCGUUGUCCCCAUCUGGGGAGCCGUCUUUGUCACCUCAGCUGAUGCCGCCAGAUCCUCUUCCUCCUCCGCUCUCACCCAUCAUCACAGCUGUGGCCCCACCGGCCCUGUCUCCUUUGGGAGAGUUAGAGUACCCCUUUGGUGCCAAAGGGGACAGUGACCCUGAGUCGCCAUUGGCUGCCCCCAUCUUAGAGACACCUAUCAGCCCUCCACCAGAAGCUAACUGCACUGACCCUGAGCCUGUACCCCCUAUGAUCCUUCCCCCAUCUCCAGGCUCCCCAAUGGGACCGGCUUCUCCCAUUCUGAUGGAGUCCCUUCCCCCUCGUUGUUCUCCACUCCUCCAGCAUUCCCUGCCUCCCCCAAACUCCCCUCCUUCCCAGUGCUCUCCUCCUGCUCUGCCACUGUCCAUUCCUUCCCCGCUGAGUCCCGUGGAGAAGGCAGUGGAGGUCUCGGAGGAGGCUGAGCCACAUGAGAUGGAGACUGAGAAAGCCCCAGAACCUGAGUGCCCAGCCUUGGAACCCAGCGCUACGAGUCCUCUCCCCUCUCCCAUGGGGAACCUUUCCUGCCCUGCACCCAGCCCUGCCCCAGCCUUGGAUGAUUUCUCUGGCCUGGGGGAAGAUACAGCCCCUCUGGAUGGGACUGACACUCCUGGUUCACAGCCAGAGGCCGGACAGACCCCUGGCAGUUUGGCUAGUGAACUUAAGGGUUCCCCUGUGCUUCUGGACCCCGAGGAGCUGGCCCCUGUGACCCCUAUGGAGGUCUAUGGCUCAGAAUGCAAGCAGGCAGGACAGGGCUCACCCUGUGAAGAGCAAGAGGAGCCACGUGCACCAGUGGCCCCUACCCCACCUACCCUCAUCAAAUCCGACAUCGUUAACGAGAUCUCCAAUCUGAGCCAGGGCGAUGCCAGUGCCAGUUUUCCUGGCUCAGAGCCACUGCUGGGCUCUCCUGACCCCGAGGGGGGUGGCUCCUUGUCCAUGGAGCUGGGGGUAUCUACAGAUGUCAGUCCAGCCCGAGAUGAGGGCUCUCUGCGGCUCUGUACCGACUCGCUGCCAGAGACUGAUGACUCGCUAUUGUGUGAUGCUGGGACAGCUGUCGGAGGAGGCAAAGCCGAGGGGGACAAGGGGAGGCGGCGCAGCUCCCCGGCUCGUUCCCGCAUCAAACAGGGUCGCAGCAGUAGUUUCCCAGGAAGACGCCGGCCACGUGGAGGAGCACACGGAGGACGUGGGAGAGGACGGGCCCGGCUAAAAUCAACUACUUCUUCCAUUGAGACUCUGGUAGUUGCUGAUAUCGAUAGCUCUCCCAGCAAGGAGGAAGAAGAUGAUGAUGAUGACACCAUGCAAAAUACUGUGGUUCUUUUCUCCAACACAGACAAGUUUGUCCUAAUGCAGGACAUGUGUGUGGUAUGUGGCAGCUUUGGCCGGGGGGCAGAGGGCCACCUCCUAGCCUGUUCCCAGUGCUCUCAGUGCUAUCACCCUUACUGUGUCAACAGCAAGGUCAGCAAGGUGAUGCUGCUGAAAGGCUGGCGUUGCGUGGAGUGCAUCGUGUGCGAGGUGUGCGGCCAGGCCUCAGACCCCUCCCGCCUGCUGCUCUGUGAUGACUGUGACAUUAGCUACCACACGUACUGCCUGGAUCCCCCACUGCUCACGGUGCCCAAGGGUGGCUGGAAGUGCAAGUGGUGUGUGUCUUGUAUGCAGUGUGGGGCUGCCUCCCCUGGCUUCCACUGUGAGUGGCAGAAUAGUUACACACACUGCGGGCCCUGCGCAAGCCUGGUGACCUGCCCUAUCUGUCACGCCCCGUACGUGGAAGAGGACCUACUGAUCCAGUGCCGCCACUGUGAACGGUGGAUGCAUGCUGGUUGCGAGAGCCUCUUCACGGAGGAUGACGUGGAACAGGCGGCUGAUGAGGGCUUUGACUGUGUCUCCUGCCAGCCUUACGUGGUAAAGCCUGCUGCGCCUGUUGCGCCUCCAGAGUUGGUGCCUAUGAAGGUAAAAGAGCCAGAGCCCCAGUACUUUCGCUUCGAGGGUGUGUGGCUUACAGAAACUGGCAUGGCUGUGCUGCGUAACCUGACCAUGUCGCCCCUGCACAAGCGGCGCCAGCGGCGAGGACGGCUUGGCCUCCCGGGCGAGGCGGGGCUUGAGGGUUCUGAGCCUUCAGAUGCCCUUGGCCCUGAUGACAAGAAGGAUGGCGACCUGGACGCUGAUGAGCUGCUCAAGGGUGAAGGGGGUGUGGAGCACAUGGAAUGUGAAAUUAAACUAGAGGGCCCUGCCAGCCCUGAUGGAGAGCCUGGGAAAGAGGAGACCGAGGAAAGCAAAAAACGCAAACGCAAACCCUAUCGGCCUGGCAUCGGUGGUUUCAUGGUGCGACAGCGGAAAUCCCACACACGUGUGAAAAAGGGGCCUGCUGCACAGGCGGAGGUGUUGAGUGGGGAUGGGCAGCCCGACGAGGUGUUGCUUGCUGACCUGCCUGCAGAGGGCUCUGUGGACCAGAGCUUAGCUGAUGGGGAUGAGAAGAAGAAGCAGCAGCGGCGAGGGCGCAAGAAGAGCAAGCUAGAGGACAUGUUCCCUGCUUACCUGCAGGAAGCCUUCUUUGGGAAGGAGCUGCUGGACCUGAGCCGGAAGGCCCUUUUUGCAGUUGGGGUGGGCCGGCCAAGCUUUGGACUAGGAACCCCGAAAGCCAAGGGGGAUGGAGGCUCAGAUAGGAAGGAGCUCCCAACCUCACAGAAAGGAGAUGAUGGUCCAGAUGUUGCAGAUGAAGAAUCCCGUGGUCCUGAGGGCAAGGCUGACACACCAGGACCUGAGGAUGGCGGCGUGAAGGCAUCCCCAGUGCCUAGUGACCCCGAGAAGCCAGGCACCCCGAGUGAAGGGAUGCUUAGCUCUGACUUAGACAGGAUUCCCACAGAAGAACUGCCCAAGAUGGAAUCCAAGGACCUGCAGCAGCUUUUCAAGGACGUUCUGGGUUCUGAACGAGAGCAGCAUCUGGGUUGUGGAACCCCUGGCCUAGACGGCAGCCGUACACCGCUGCAGAGGCCCUUUCUUCAAGGUGGACUCCCUUUGGGCAAUCUCCCCUCCAGCAGCCCAAUGGACUCCUACCCUGGCCUUUGCCAGUCCCCAUUCCUGGAUUCUAGGGAGCGCGGGGGCUUCUUUAGCCCGGAACCCGGUGAGGCAGACAGCCCCUGGACAGGCUCGGGGGGCACCACGCCCUCCACUCCCACUACCCCCACCACGGAGGGUGAGGGCGACGGGCUCUCCUAUAACCAGCGGAGUCUUCAGCGCUGGGAGAAGGACGAGGAGUUGGGCCAGCUCUCUACCAUCUCACCUGUGCUCUAUGCCAACAUGAACUUUCCCAAUCUCAAGCAAGAUUACCCAGACUGGUCUAGCCGCUGCAAACAAAUCAUGAAGCUCUGGAGAAAAGUUCCAGCUGCUGAUAAAGCACCCUACCUGCAAAAGGCCAAAGAUAACCGGGCAGCUCACCGCAUCAACAAGGUGCAAAAGCAGGCUGAGAGCCAGAUCAGCAAGCAGACCAAGGUGGGCGACAUGGCCCGUAAGACUGACCGACCGGCCCUGCAUCUCCGCAUCCCCCCCCAGCCGGGGGCACUGGGUAGUCCGCCUCCUGCUGCUGCCCCCACCAUCUUCAUGGGCAGCCCCCCUCCCCCCGCCGGCUUGUCUACCUCUGCGGACGGGUUCCUGAAGCCGCCGGCGGGCACGGUGCCCGGCCCCGACUCGCCCGGUGAGCUCUUCCUCAAGCUCCCAGCCCAGGUGCCCGCCCAAGUGCCUUCGCAGGACCCCUUUGGACUGGCCCCCGCCUACGCGUUGGAGCCCCGCUUCCCCACGGCACCACCCACCUAUCCUCCCUAUCCUAGUCCGACCGGGGCCCCCGCGCAGCAGCCCCCGACGCUGGGCGCCUCAGCGCGUCCUGGGACUGGCCAGCCAGGGGAGUUCCACGCUACCCCACCUGGCACGCCCCGACACCAGCCCUCCACACCUGACCCCUUCCUCAAACCCCGCUGCCCCUCACUGGACAACCUGGCUGUGCCUGAGAGCCCAGGGGUAGGGGCAGGCAAGACUUCCGAGCCUCUGCUGUCGCCCCUGCCUUUCGGGGAGUCUCGGAAGGCCCUAGAGGUGAAGAAGGAAGACCUUGGGGCAUCCUCUCCGAGCUAUGGGCCCCCAAACCUGGGCUUUGUUGACUCACCCUCCUCAGGCCCCCAUCUGGGUGGCCUGGAGUUAAAGGCACCUGAUGUCUUCAAAGCCCCCCUGACCCCACGGGCAUCUCAGGUAGAGCCCCAGAGCCCGGGCUUGGCCCUAAGGCCCCAGGAGCCACCCCCUGCCCAGGCUUUGGCCCCUUCUCCUCCCAGCCACUCGGACAUCUUUCGCCCUGGCCCCUACCCUGACCCCUAUGCCCAACCCCCGUUGACCCCUCGGCCCCAGCCCCCACCCCCCGAGAGCUGCUGUGCCCUGCCUCCUCGCUCACUGCCCUCUGACCCUUUCUCCCGAGUCCCCGCCAGUCCCCAGUCUCAGUCCAGCUCCCAGUCCCCACUGACACCCCGUCCUCUCUCUGCGGAGGCGUUCUGCCCAUCCCCUGUCACCCCUCGCUUCCAGUCCCCUGACCCUUAUUCCCGCCCACCCUCACGCCCUCAGUCCCGGGACCCAUUUGCCCCGUUGCAUAAGCCACCCCGCCCCCAGCCCCCCGAAGUUGCCUUCAAGGCUGGGCCUCUAGCCCACACCCCGUUGGGGGCUGGGGGUUUCCCAGCAGCCCUGCCCUCAGGGCCAGCAGGUGAGCUCCAUGCCAAGGUCCCAAGUGUGCAGCCCCCCAAUUUCGCCCGGUCCCCUGGGACCGGUGCAUUUGUGGGCACCCCUUCUCCCAUGCGUUUCACUUUCCCUCAGGCGGUAGGGGAGCCUUCGCUAAAGCCCCACGUCCCUCAGCCUGGUCUCCCUCCACCCCACGGGAUCAACAGCCAUUUUGGGCCCGGCCCUACCUUGGGCAAGCCUCAAAGCACAAACUACACAGUAGUCACAGGGAACUUCCACCCGUCGGGCAGCCCUCUGGGACCCAGCAGUGGGUCCACAGGAGAGGGCUACGGGCUGUCCCCGCUACGCCCCCCGUCAGUCCUACCACCACCUGCGCCCGAUGGAUCGCUCCCCUACCUGUCCCACGGAGCCUCACAGCGGGCAGGCAUCACCUCUCCAGCUGAGAAGCGAGACGAUCCAGGGGCUGCGAUGGGCAGCUCUUUGGCGGCACCUGAACUUCCAGGUACCCAGGACCCAGGCAUGUCCAGCCUCAGUCAGACAGAGCUGGAGAAGCAGCGACAGCGCCAGCGACUACGGGAGCUGCUGAUUCGGCAGCAGAUCCAGCGCAACACCCUUCGGCAGGAGAAGGAAACUGCGGCAGCUGCCGGAGCAGUGGGGCCCCCGGGCAGCUGGGGUGCUGAGUCCAGUAGCCCUGCCUUUGAGCAGCUGAAUCGAGGCCAGACCCCCUUUGCUGGGACCCAGGAUAAAAGCAGCCUCGUGGGGCUGCCCCCAAGCAAGCUGGGUGGCCCCAUCCUAGGGCCAGGGGCUUUCCCCAGCGACGACCGACUCUCGCGGCCACCUCCACCAGCCACCCCUUCCUCUAUGGAUGUGAACAGCCGGCAACUGGUGGGAGGUUCCCAAGCCUUCUACCAGCGAGCACCGUAUCCUGGGUCCCUGCCCUUACAGCAGCAGCAGCAGCAGCAGCAACUGUGGCAGCAGCAGCAGCAGCAGCAGCAGCAGCAGCAGCAGGCAACAGCAGCAGCUUCCAUGCGACUUGCCAUGUCUACACGCUUUCCAUCAACUCCUGGGCCUGAACUUGGCCGCCAAGCCCUAGGCUCCCCCUUGGCGGGAAUUCCCACCCGCCUGCCUGGCCCUGGUGAGCCAGUGCCUGGUCCAGCUGGUCCUGCCCAGUUCAUUGAGUUGCGGCACAACGUACAGAAAGGACUGGGACCGGGGGGGCCUCCAUUUCCUGGUCAGGGCCCCUCUCAGAGACCCCGUUUUUACCCUGUAACUGAGGAUUCUCACCGACUGGCACCUGAAGGGCUUCGUGGCCUCGCAGUAUCAGGCCUUCCACAGAAACCCUCAGCCCCGCCAGCCCCUGAACUGAACAACAGCCUCCAUCCAACACCACAUACCAAGGGGCCCAACCUGCCCGCUGGCUUGGAGCUAGCCAGCCGGCCCCCCUCAAGUACUGAGCUUGGCCGCCCUCCUCCUCUGGCUCUGGAAGCUGGGAAGUUACCCUGUGAGGAUCCCGAGUUGGAUGAUGACUUUGAUGCCCACAAGGCCCUGGAGGAUGAUGAGGAGCUUGCUCACCUGGGCCUGGGUGUGGAUGUGGCCAAGGGAGACGACGAGCUGGGCACCCUGGAAAACCUGGAGACCAAUGAUCCCCACCUGGAUGACCUGCUUAACGGGGAUGAGUUUGACCUGCUGGCCUAUACUGACCCCGAGCUGGACACUGGGGACAAGAAGGACAUCUUCAAUGAGCACCUGAGGCUGGUGGAGUCGGCCAAUGAAAAGGCUGAGCGGGAGGCUCUGUUGCGAGGGGUGGAGCCGGGACCCUUGGGCCCUGAGGAGCGCCCUCCCCCCGCUGCUGAUGCCUCUGAGCCCCGUCUGGCAUCGGUGCUUCCGGAGGUGAAGCCCAAGGUGGAGGAGGGUGGGCGCCACCCUUCCCCUUGCCAGUUUACCAUUACCACCCCCAAGGUAGAGCCAGCCCCUGCUACCACUUCCCUAGGCCUUGGGCUGAAACCGGGACAGAGUGUGGUGGGCAGCCGGGACACUCGAGUGGGCACAGGACCUUUUUCUGGCAGUGGGCACACAACAACUGAGAAGGUCCCCUUUGGGACCACAGGAGGACCGCCCGCUCACCUGCUGACCCCCAGCCCACUGAGUGGCCCAGGAGGGUCCUCCCUGCUGGAAAAGUUUGAGCUAGAGAGUGGGGCCCUAACCUUGCCCGGUGGACAUGCAUCUGGGGAUGAGCUGGACAAGAUGGAGAGCUCACUGGUAGCCAGCGAGUUACCCCUGCUCAUCGAGGACCUGUUGGAACACGAGAAGAAGGAGCUGCAGAAGAAGCAGCAGCUCUCAGCACAGCUGCAGCCUGCCCAGCAGCAACAGCAGCAUUCCCUCCUGCCCACCCCAGGCCCUGCCCAGGCUGUGUCUUUGCCUCAUGAGGGCUCUUCUCCCAGUGUGGCUGGCCCCCAACAGCAGCUUGCCCUGGGACUUGGAGGUUCCCGACAGCCAGGCUUGGCCCAGCCGCUGAUGCCCACCCAGCCACCAGCUCAUGCCCUCCAGCAGCGCCUGGCCCCAUCCAUGGCCAUGGUGUCCAACCAAGGGCAUAUGCUAAGUGGGCAGCAUGGGGGACAGGCAGGCUUAGUGCCCCAGCAGAGCCCACAGCCGGUGCUGGCACAGAAGCCCAUGGGUACCAUGCCAUCUUCCAUGUGCAUGAAACCGCAGCAGCUGGCGAUGCAGCAGCAGCUGGCUAACAGCUUCUUCCCGGAUACAGACCUGGACAAAUUUGCUGCAGAAGAUAUCAUUGAUCCCAUUGCAAAGGCCAAGAUGGUGGCUUUGAAAGGCAUCAAGAAGGUGAUGGCUCAGGGCAGCAUUGGAGUGGCACCUGGUAUGAACAGGCAGCAAGUGUCCCUGCUAGCCCAGAGGCUCUCAGGGGGGCCCGGCAGUGAUCUGCAGAAUCACGUGGCAGCUGGGAGUGGCCAGGAGCGGAGUGCCGGUGAGCCCUCCCAGUCUCGUCCCAACCCACCCACUUUUGCCCAGGGAGUGAUCAAUGAGGCUGACCAGCGGCAGUAUGAGGAGUGGCUCUUCCAUACGCAGCAGCUCCUACAGAUGCAACUGAAGGUGCUAGAGGAGCAGAUCGGGGUGCACCGCAAGUCCCGGAAAGCUCUGUGUGCCAAGCAGCGCACUGCCAAAAAGGCUGGCCGUGAGUUCCCAGAGGCCGAUGCUGAGAAGCUCAAGCUGGUUACAGAACAACAGAGCAAGAUCCAGAAACAGCUGGAUCAGGUCCGGAAGCAGCAGAAGGAGCACACUAAUCUCAUGGCAGAAUAUCGGAACAAGCAGCAGCAGCAGCAGCAGCAGCAGCAGCAGCAGCAGCAGCAGCAGCAGCAGCAGCACGCAGCUGUACUGGCCCUCAGCCCUUCCCAGAGUCCUCGGCUACUCACCAAGCUUCCUGGUCAGCUGCUCCCUGGCCAUGGGCUGCAGCCACCGCAAGGGCCCCCGGGUGGGCAAGCUGCAGGUCUUCGCCUGCCCCCCGGGGGCAUGGCGCUACCUGGGCAGCCUGGCGGCCCCUUCCUCAACACCACCCUGGCCCAACAGCAGCAACAGCAACAUUCUGGUGGGGCUGGGGCCCUGGCUGGCCCCUCAGGGGGCUUUUUCCCUGGCAACCUUGCUCUUCGAGGCCUAGGACCUGACUCGAGGCUUUUGCAGGAGAGGCAGCUGCAGCUGCAGCAGCAACGCAUGCAGCUUGCCCAGAAACUGCAGCAGCAGCAGCAGCAGCAGCACCUCCUAGGACAGGUGGCAGUCCAGCAGCAACAGCAGCAGGGCCCCGGGGUACAGGCAAACCAGGCUCUGGGUCCCAAGCCCCAGGGGCUUCUGCCUCCCAGCAGCCAUCAGGGCCUCUUGGUCCAGCAGCUAUCCCCCCAACCACCCCAGGGGCCCCAGGGCAUGUUGGGCCCUGCCCAGGUGGCAGUGUUGCAGCAGCAGCAGCAGCAGCAGCAACAGCACCCAGGAGCUUUGGGCCCCCAGGGCCCUCACAGACAGGUGAUCCUGGCCCAGCCCCGGGUGCUGAGUUCCCCCCAGCUGGCACAGCAGGGUCAGGGCCUUAUGGGACACCGGCUGGUCACAUCCCAGCAGCAGCAGCAGCAGCAACAGCAGGGAUCUAUGGCAGGGCUUUCCCAUCUUCAGCAGGGUCUGAUGCCACACAGUGGGCAACCCAAACUGAGUACUCAGCCCAUGGCCGCCUUGCAGCAGCAACAGCUGCAGCAGCAACAGCAGCAGCAGCUACAACAGCAGCAGCAGCAGCAGCAGCUACAGCAGCAGCAGCUACAACAGCAGCAGCAGCAGCAGCUACAACAGCAGCAGCUACAACAGCAGCAGCAGCUACAACAGCAGCAGCAGCAGCAGCUACAACAGCAGCAGCUACAACAGCAGCAACAGCAGCAGCAGCAGCAGCAGCAACAGCAGCAGCUACAACAGCAGCAGCAGCAGCAGCAACAGCAGCAGCUACAACAGCAGCAGCAGCAGAUGGGUCUUUUGAGCCAGAGUCGAACUUUACUGUCUCCUCAACAGCAGCAGCAACAGCAGCAGCAGCAGCAACAGCAGCAGCAGCAGCAGGUGACACUUGGCCCUGGCAUGCCAGCCAAGCCUCUGCAACACUUCUCUAGCCCGGGAGCCCUGGGCCAAACCCUCAUUCUAACGGGCAAGGAACAAAGCGUUGCAGAGACGGCUCUUCCUCCAGAGGCCACUGAGGGGCCCUCCACGCAUCAGGGAGGGCCGUUAGCAAUAGGGACUGUAGCAGAGUCAGUGGCCACUGAACCAGGGGAGGUAAAGCCCUCCCUCUCUGGGGACUCACAGCUCCUGCUUGUCCAACCCCAGGCCCAGCCUCAGCCCAACUCUCUGCAGCUUCAGCCACCUCUGAGGCUCCCAGGACAACAGCAGCAGCAAGUUAACUUGCUCCACACAGCAGGUGUGGGAAGCCACGGGCAACCAGGCAGUGGAUCAUCUUCUGAGGCCUCAACUAUGCCCCACCUGUUGGCCCAAUCCUCUGUUUCCUUAGGGGAGCAGCCUGGACCCAUGACCCAGAACCUUCUGGGCUCCCAACAGCCCCUUGGACUAGAGCGGCCCAUGCAGAAUAAUGCAGGGCCACCGCCUGCCAAACCAGGAUCUGUCCCUCAUCCUGGGCAGAGCCUGCCUGGGCCUGGGGUCAUGUCUACAGUGGGCCAGCUUCGAGCACAGCUUCAAGGAGUCCUGGCCAAGAACCCACAGCUGCGGCACUUGAGCCCCCAGCAGCAGCAGCAGCUGCAGGCACUCCUCAUGCAGCGGCAGCUCCAGCAGAGCCAGGCAGUACGCCAGGCACCCCCCUACCAGGAGCCUGGGACCCAGCCCUCUCCCCUUCAGGGCCUCCUGGGCCGCCAGCCCCAACUUGGGGGCUUCCCUGGGUCCCAGACAGGCCCUCUUCAGGAGCUAGGGGCAGGGCUUCGACCUCAGGGCCCACCCCGGCUCCCCGCCCCACAGGGAGCCUUAUCCACAGGACCAGUCCUUGGCCCUGUCCAUCCCACACCUCCACCAUCCAGCCCCCAAGAGCCAAAGAGACCUCCCUCACAGUUACCUUCCCCUAGCUCCCAGCUUCCCUCUGAGGCCCAGCUCCCUACCACCCAGCCAGGAACUCCAAAACCCCAGGGGCCACCCUUGGAGCUGCCUCCUGGGAGGGUCUCACCUGCUGCUGCCCAGCUUGCGGAUACCUUCUUUGGCAAGGGGCUGGGACCUUGGGACCCCCCAGACAACCUAGCAGAAGCCCAGAAGCCGGAGCAAAGCAGCCUGGUACCUGGGCAUCUGGAACAGGUGAAUGGGCAGGCAGUACCCGAGCCACCCCAUCUCAGCAUCAAGCAAGAGCCUCGGGAAGAGCCAUGUGCCCUGGGAGCCCAGGUGGUGAAGAGGGAGGCCAACGGGGAGCCAGUAGGGGCACCAGGUACCAGCAACCACCUCCUGCUGGCAGGCCCCCGCUCAGAGGCCGGGCAUCUGCUCUUGCAGAAGCUUCUACGAGCAAAGAAUGUGCAACUCAGCACUGGGCGGGGGCCCGAGGGGCUGCGAGCUGAGAUCAACGGGCACAUUGACAGCAAGCUGGCUGGGCUGGAGCAGAAACUACAGGGUACUCCCAGCAACAAGGAGGAUACAGCAGCAAGGAAGCCUUUGACACCGAAGCCCAAGCGGGUACAGAAGGCAAGCGACAGGUUGGUGAGCUCCCGAAAGAAGCUGCGGAAGGAGGACGGGGUCAGGGCCAGCGAGGCCUUGCUGAAACAGCUGAAACAGGAGCUGUCCCUGCUGCCCCUCGCGGAGCCUACCAUCACCGCCAACUUUAGCCUCUUUGCUCCCUUUGGCAGUGGCUGCCCCAUCAAUGGGCAGUGCCAGCUGAGGGGGGCCUUUGGAAGUGGGGCGCUGCCCACGGGCCCUGACUACUAUUCCCAGCUGCUUACCAAGAAUAACCUGAGUAACCCGCCGACACCACCCUCGUCGCUGCCCCCCACCCCACCCCCAUCGGUGCAGCAGAAGAUGGUGAAUGGCGUCACUCCCUCUGAAGAGCUGGGGGGGCACCCCAAGGAUGCCGCCUCUGCCCGGGACACUGAAGGGGCGCUGAGGGAUGCUUCAGAGGUGAAGAGUCUGGACCUGCUGGCCGCCCUGCCUACACCCCCUCACAAUCAGACUGAGGAUGUCAGGAUGGAGAGUGAUGAGGACAGUGAUUCUCCUGACAGCAUUGUGCCAGCUUCAUCACCCGAGAGCAUCCUGGGGGAGGAGGCCCCUCGUUUCCCUCAGCUGGGCUCAGGCUGGUGGGAGCAGGAUGACCGGGCUCUCUCCCCCGUCAUCCCCAUCAUUCCUCGGGCCAGCAUCCCAGUUUUCCCAGAUAGUAAACCUUAUGGGGCUCUGGAUCUGGAGGCCCCUGGGAAGCUGCCUGCCACAACUUGGGAAAAGGGCAAAGGAAGCGAGGUGUCAGUCAUGCUGACGGUUUCUGCCGCCGCCGCCAAGAACCUGAAUGGUGUGAUGGUGGCAGUGGCAGAGCUGCUAAGCAUGAAGAUCCCCAACUCCUAUGAGGUGCUGUUCCCGGAGAGCCCUGCCCGGGCAGGCAUUGAGCCUAAGAAGGGCGAGGCCGAGGGCCCUGGUGGGAAAGAAAAGGGUCUGGGAGGCAAGAGCCCAGAAGCCGGCCCUGAUUGGCUGAAGCAGUUUGAUGCUGUGUUACCCGGCUAUACCCUCAAGAGCCAGUUAGACAUCUUGAGUCUCCUCAAACAGGAGAGCCCCGCCCCCGAGCCACCCACCCAACACAGCUACACCUGCAACGUCUCCAACCUGGAUGUGCGACAGCUCUCGGCCCCACCUCCUGAAGAACCCUCCCCACCCCCUUCCCCUUUGGCACCCUCUCCUGCCAGCCCCCCUGCUGAACCCUUGGUUGAACUUCCAGCUGAACCCUCAGCUGAGCCACCGGUCCCCUCGCCUCUGCCACUGGCCUCGCCCCCUGAAUCAGCCCGGCCCAAGCCCCGAGCCCGGCCUUCUGAAGAAGGUGAGGAUUCCCGGCCCCCUCGCCUCAAGAAGUGGAAGGGGGUGCGCUGGAAGCGGCUCCGGCUGCUGCUGCCCAUCCAGAAGGGUGGCGUGCGGCCCGAGGAUGAGCGGGCAGGUGCAGAGUUUAUGGAACAGCUUGGCACAGCCCUGCGACCUGACAAGGUGCCUCGAGACAUGCGGCGCUGCUGCUUCUGUCAUGAAGAGGGGGAUGGGGCCACGGAUGGGCCCGCCCGCCUGCUGAACCUGGACCUGGACUUGUGGGUGCACCUCAACUGUGCCCUGUGGUCCACGGAGGUAUAUGAGACCCAGGGCGGGGCGCUGAUGAACGUGGAGGUUGCCCUGCACCGAGGACUGCUCACCAAGUGCUCCCUGUGCCAGCGCACCGGCGCCACCAGCAGCUGCAACCGCAUGCGUUGCCCCAAUGUGUACCACUUUGCCUGCGCCAUCCGCGCCAAGUGCAUGUUCUUCAAGGACAAGACCAUGCUGUGUCCGCUGCAUAAGAUCAAGGGGCCCUGUGAGCAGGAGCUGAGCUCUUUUGCUGUCUUCCGGCGGGUCUACAUUGAGCGAGACGAGGUGAAGCAGAUCGCCAGCAUCAUCCAGCGGGGAGAGCGGCUGCACAUGUUCCGUGUGGGGGGCCUCGUGUUCCACGCCAUCGGUCAGCUGCUGCCCCACCAGAUGGCCGACUUCCACAGCGCCACUGCCCUCUAUCCCGUGGGCUACGAGGCCACACGCAUCUACUGGAGCCUCCGUACUAACAACCGCCGCUGCUGCUAUCGCUGCUCCAUCGGCGAGAACAAUGGGCGGCCGGAGUUCGUGAUCAAAGUCAUGGAGCAGGGCCUGGAGGACCUGGUCUUCACUGAUGCCUCUCCCCAGGCUGUGUGGAAUCGCAUCAUUGAGCCUGUGGCUGCCAUGAGAAAAGAGGCCGACAUGCUGCGGCUCUUCCCCGAGUACCUGAAAGGCGAGGAGCUCUUUGGGCUGACGGUGCACGCCGUGCUGCGCAUAGCUGAAUCACUGCCUGGAGUGGAAAGCUGUCAAAAUUAUUUAUUCCGCUAUGGACGCCACCCCCUGAUGGAGCUGCCACUCAUGAUCAACCCCACUGGUUGUGCUCGAUCAGAGCCUAAAAUCCUCACACACUACAAACGGCCCCACACUCUGAACAGCACCAGCAUGUCCAAGGCAUAUCAGAGCACCUUCACAGGCGAGACCAACACCCCGUACAGCAAGCAGUUUGUGCACUCCAAGUCAUCUCAGUACCGGCGGCUACGCACUGAGUGGAAGAACAAUGUAUAUCUGGCUCGCUCCCGUAUCCAGGGCCUAGGGCUCUAUGCAGCCAAGGACCUAGAGAAGCACACAAUGGUCAUUGAGUACAUUGGCACCAUCAUUCGCAAUGAGGUGGCCAACCGGCGGGAGAAAAUCUACGAGGAGCAGAAUCGAGGCAUCUACAUGUUUCGAAUAAACAAUGAACAUGUCAUUGAUGCUACGUUGACCGGAGGCCCUGCCAGGUACAUUAACCAUUCCUGCGCCCCUAACUGUGUGGCAGAAGUUGUGACAUUUGACAAGGAGGACAAAAUCAUCAUCAUCUCCAGCCGGCGAAUCCCCAAAGGAGAGGAGCUGACAUAUGACUAUCAGUUUGAUUUUGAGGACGAUCAGCACAAGAUCCCCUGCCACUGUGGAGCCUGGAAUUGUCGGAAAUGGAUGAACUAAGAAGCUUUGAGGCUACCAGGCAGGGGAGUUCCCCCACCCCCAACCUCUUCCCUGAAAGGGAUGAGGGGGAAGAGAGGUAGCAGCCAGAGCCAGGACCCAGGGCUGGGGCUGCCGGCUGACCGGAGCCCCUGGAGCAGGAGGCUGGGGCAGAGGGCCCUAGGCCAAGCCCACCCUGGGCACCAGGGACGACCCUCUUCCCCACCACCGGCCCCCAGGCUGGCAUCUCUGCCCCCAGCUCCAGGAGGGGCCAGACAGAAGCAGCCAUUGGGCAUCUCAGGUUUGAGGGGGAUAUGGGCCGGGAACUACCCAGAAGCAUCUGGGAGGCAGCAGGGAGGGGGGAGGAGGAUGUGUGGCCGGGCCUCACAGCCCUGCUGCUCCCACCGACCUCUCUGGCCCAACUCAAGGCUGCAAAGAGACUUGACUAAGCUUGACAAUCCCAAAGGCCGGGUCCCACACCUGGCCCUGCCUGCCGGGUCCUGCCCCCACCCUCACCCCCAUCCCCUGCCCUCUAAAUCUGUCUCUGUCUCCCUCUUCUCCUCUGUGUUUCUGUCUCUCUAUGGGUUGUGUUUCCUUGUUUUCCACUCUGACAAAUGCAACAUGAACGGGAAAGAGGCGCCCAGCUGCCCAGGAGGGCAAGCCAGGCAAGCCGGGCAAGGAGACCCCGCACCCACACCUACCUCAUUUAAGUGUUGGAUUUUUUGCUGUUUUGAAAUGUGAGACCCUCUCCAGGCCCCCUACUGCUCCAACCCUCUCCCCCACCUCACUGCCCUCUUCUGAGUGGGUGGAAGGGGGGUAGGAGGAAGAAGAAAAAACAACAACAAAAAAUCCAUCUUUGUUUUUAAUUAUGGGCAUGGGAUGGUGGUUGAGGCUGAUGCUGAUGAAGAUUGGGGAUGACUGGCCCCUAGUUGCUCUAGGACUUCCUUCUCCAUCCAGACAUGGGGGCAGGAGGGGUGUGCUAAACUUAGGACCAGGAUAUCCCCCUCCUGUUUUCCCAACCCCAUCAUGAGCCCAUUUGCCCUCCAGCCCCUGGAUGGGGUGGGUGGGUGGUAGGGUGAGGGCUAUCCCUGAGUGGCAUGCCCGUACCCAGUGAGGCAGGGUGUGGCCCGGAGCUCCCACUUUCCCUCAGUCACCAAACUGCUGCUGGUCUGGUGGGAAGGGGUGGUGAUGUGGGGGUGGGGGAGCUUAGUGUCAGCGCGGGGAGGGUGGGGGGUAUUUAUCUAUUUAUACAUGGGAUUGUACAUAGUCUUGUGGGGCAUGGGGGAGCCGGCUGGAGGUGAGAACCCUCCCCUCUCCCCCCACCCCCGGGGAGAGCAAAUGUAAAACUACUAAUUUUUGUGCUUUAUAUAUUCUAUAUAAAUAUAUCUAUUUUCUUUUUACAAAACCAGUUUAUAAAUGGUAGGGGGGCGUGGGGCGGACACAUGGAGCUCCCCUUGUGGGGGAGCCCCCUCCAUUACCCAACCUACCGCCCUUUUCCUCACCCCCUCCUCCCCACCCCCUGGCUGUGACUGCUGUAAGGUGGGGGUAUAGAGGCUGGGCGAUUCCCACCCCCUUUUGUAUAGUUGGACUAUGUUAUAACGCACAAAAGUGAGCUGGCCCCAGGGGGAGCCAGAGGGUAAUGGGUUCCCCUGCCUCCCUUUCCUUCCCCUUUCUGCCCAAGCUUGUGCUGCAGUUGAACCUCUUCCUGGGGGUAGGGGUAGGUCAGGGGGUGGGUGAGGCCCCAGACCCCUCUCUGGUAGGGAGCCACGGGGAUGAAGAUGAAGCUUAUAUGCAGUUCUCUCCUAGGGGCUGUGGGCAAAGGGCAUUUUGUAAUUAAUAUUUUCAAGAAUCAAAUGUCUGGAGUGUAGGGGUGGGCUUGGUGGUGGUGUAUGGGCGAGCCUGCUGGAGGGGGAGCACGGUCGCUGUUGUGAUUUUAGGUUUGUUUUUGUUUGUUUUUGAAUUUGGGGGGUUGCGGAUUGAUGGGGGUAGGGAGAUUUUUUUUUUUUUAAGCUGCUUCCUCAACUGUUUCAAGCUGCAAAUGUUUAAGAGAAUAACAUCCCCCCCACCCCCACAAAAACCACUGUAAUUAAAUCAGACAGUGGGGAGACUGGGCUGCUGCCCCUAAAGCCAUUGGAUGUUCCUUUUCCAAGAGCAGAAGGUCUAGGCUACAGGGAGGGGAAGAUUGGCUCCUGUGAGUCAGGCUCUGAUUGGGGCUUGGGCCCUGGGAUUGGGAAAAGGGGAUGGGGCCGACUUUGUAAGCAUAUGCUAGGUAUCUGAUAGUCCUGUAGAAUUUAGUGAAGAAACCUUAUACAGUUUUUAAUUUUUAUAUAAACUAACUCAGACCCAAGCUACAAGGUUGGAAUUUUGGUUGUUGGUUUGUUUUUUUUUUAAAGUACCCCGCCUGUAUAAUUGCAUCAGAGUUCCCUCUCCCCCGCCCCCCCAUGUUUGUAUUUUGGGUUGGUUUACACUUGCACAUAUUCAAUUUUCAGUUUUUCCCCUUUACAGUCUUCUCCCCUCACCUCCAGGACCCUCCCCCUUUUUAAAAAAAUAAAUCUCUGACAAGUGUGAAUCCCGUGAAGACUUUAUUUUGUGUUGUGUGUAUCCUGUACAGCAAGGUUGGUCCUUCGUAACAACGGAUGAAAUGAUUCCCUUUUUUAAAGCGCCCUCUCCCCCUCCACCCCCAGCGCCCUGUCCUUGGCAUGUUUUGUAUCAGCGAUCAUUCUGAACUGUACAUAAUUUAUGUUGCAAGAGGCAAAGGGCAAGUUUUGGAUUUUGCUUCUUCCAAGUUUGUUUUUAAACGACA